GACACUUGGCUCAGCUGAGUGCGCUUCCUGGUGGAGAAACUUUCUGCCCUCAUCUGGCCCCUCUCCAGAAAAAGCAGAUCCCUAAAAGGAUUGUGUUUCAAGUAGGCAGAUUAAUGGAAAUGAGAGUUUUAGGCCAAGGCAAUCCCAGGAGAAGUGGGAACAAGGAUUCCCUCUACAAGGGAGGGGCCCUUGGCUCUGUAGAGGAUGUGCGGUCCCCUUCCCCCGGCCCAACACUAGUCAGGAUCUUGGGCAUUCGCAAGCCCAGAGUGUUUCAAGUUGACUGGGUAUCCGAACCCGCGGUAGGCCAUGUGGCUUCGGCACUGUAGAGCGGCAUGCCUGCUCUGCCCACCAAGGCUAGGCCCACAUGUCUUAGAGGCUGCCCUUUCUCGGUAUUUGUUCUGACUGUCCCCAAACAUGAACUAACCCCAUGCUGUCUGCCUGCAGAAUUUCCUAUGACCCAGCAAGGUACCCCAAGUACCUGCCUGAAGCCUACUGCCUAUGCCGUGGCUGCCUGACCGGACUCUUCGGGGAGGAGGACUUCCACUUCCGCAGCACCCCAGUGUACAUGCCCACGGUCAUCCUGCGCCGAACCUCGGCCUGCGCGGGUGGCCGCUCAGUGUACACAGAGGACUAUGUCACCAUCCCCGUGGGUUGCACCUGCGUCCCCGAACAGGAGAAGGAUGCCGACAGCAUCAACUCCAGCAUUGACAAGCCGGGCGCCAAGCUUCUGCUCGGCCCCAAUGACCAGCCGGCCGGCCCCUGAAGCCCAUGGUUGCCUGGGUCACCUCUCCUGGGAGCAUUUCUGCUGCCCUUGGGGGGUUUGGUUGGCAAGCUUAUGACAGGAUAAGCUAAGACACAAGAGUAAGACAUGACCAGAGUGGCCUUCCUAGCUAGACUAGUUAGCAGGUUACUCUGAUGUGUGCAUUCCUCGGUUCAUGUUUGGGCUGUGAGCUGAGUUGGUGAAAGCUGAUGAGAAGUGGCCCAGGCACAGGGCAUCGUGUGCCUGCUUAGCUCCAGGCCAGGCCAGUCCACCCAGUCGGGUGUCUCGACCAGGCCUCAGGCCCCUCCUCACCCAGCUGCAGUGGGUGCUAUGUGCAGGGUCUUCAAAAGUUUGUGGAAAAUGUGUAUUGUGAAAAAACUGCAUGGGUUUCGAAAUUUGGGGUCACCAAAACAAACCUGUACUUUAUUCCCAUUUCCAUGAACUUUUUGAAGUCCCUUCAUAUAUGCUUUUUUUAAAACUAUUUUUUAAAAGUAGAUUUUAAAAGUAGAUAUUCCUACUUUUCUAUUUGACUGUUUUAAAUAGGGGCAGAAACUAUUUUUAUAUUAGCAAUUUAGAGCCAACUAUGUUGAAAAUAUUUUACUUGACAUAGAAACAGUUUAUAAACAUCAGUUUUUACUUCCUCUGGUAGUUUUUAGAGGCAUAAUUGGAAUUCUCAGAUAAACUCUUUUUGGCUGGCACUGAGGGCUGGGUCUCUGAACUCAGCCUGUCACGAUGCCUGCCACAAUGAAAUGGAUGAGUCUGAAUUCGACUCACUCUUCCUUCCUUGAUGGUCUUCACAGGCUGACAGAUGAGGCAAAGGGAUGCACUGGGGGCUUGUUAAUCCUGCAAGGGGCAAAGUGUUCCAGCAACCUCAAAGUUGGCUUUUUUCACUUUUGAAAGCCAUUGGGGCCAAUCUAUGGGUAAAAUCAGGUGAGAAGAGGUGGGAUGAGACACCUUUGACAUUUCUCAGAAAGACGCCAAGCAAGCAUUGGCUCAGUUUUAAGCGUUUGGCGAUCAGGCCAAAUAUGAGGAGCAAAUGGGUCAAAUCAGAUUUUCAGAGAUCAGUACUGAGACCUCUUUCUGUAUCUUACAAUGUGAGCUUAAUCCAUACUCCUUCCUUAGGCUGGAUGUUACUUUGCUGAACAGUUAUUUGUAAAAAUUAGAAAUUCUUUUAAAUCAUUAAAAUAACUACAGGUGAAGGCUAUGUUGGCUGAGUGCAUUUCUCUCUGGAUUUUGCCUGGAUGGAGACUCAACUGAGUUUUAGAGGAAGUAUAUGUUAACUAAAUCUUUACUUUGUCAGUUUUAUGGUUGAGGUUUAAAUCAUCAAGAUUUGAUUUAGUCUCAGAAAGGUCCACUAGUCAUGUAAAGUCAGUCUUUCUGUAUGUCUUUCAGCCCUAAGUUUCAGCUAGCACAGAGAUAGGCGGUUACUGUCUCCGCAGUACCAUUAGCCUGAGUUUGAUGGCAAAGAAAGGUCUCUCUGAAAACUUUCAACACCUACCAAAUACUGACAAAAGACAUGUAUGAAAAACACAAAACCAAAUAAAAUACAGAUUGUCCAAAUAAGAUGUUUAAAGUCAAAAGUAUAGCUGUUAGGCUAACCCCAAAGCAUACUUUAACAGAGCUGGAACCCCCAUGGCUGGCCAUAGUUCAAAUCCUGGUCCUGGGGACUUAAAAAACAUGCUGG